AAACGGCAGCUAGGCCUGGCACUCACAUAACCAUAUAGAUUACUCGGAGAUUUAAACCCAAAUUGUCUGGCGAUCAAGGUUUCUUGGUCCUGAGUAUUUACCCGACAAGCUCCGGAUGGAACGGUGCCCCCUGAACACCAGCGCAUGGUGCACCCAGCACCAUAUACAGAAUACAUGUAUAUCCCCUUCCCACAUCACCCCUUCACCCCGGCCACCACACUACCCAAACCUCAACACCACACCACCAACCCCCCCCCUUCCAAAAGAAAGAAGAAUCAAAAAUGCAUCUCCUCCCCGCCCUAACCGCCGCCGCCCUCCUAGCGGCGCCCCUCGGCAGCCUGGCCGCCCCGGCCGGCGACGCCUCCUCGGUGCCGCAGUUGUUCCAGUCCCUCCAGGCGCGCGAGAACCUCUGCCACCUGCAGACGCCGCCGCAGCUGUGCACGCCGGACCCGUCGGUCUCGGUCGAGGAGACGGCGCGGCGCGCGUACCAGUUCUAUCGCGCCUUCGUUGUUGAUGGCGAUCCGCGGACCAUGUUCUCGCUUAUUGAUGAUGUGUAUCAGCAACACAACCCGGGCUAUGCGAGCGGCCCGCAGGCCAUCUGGCCCCUGUUUUGCAGCGGCCGCAAGAUUGGGAAUGAGCAGGGCACGGACUGGUGUUUUGAUGCGGCUACGAACAUGUCGUACGCGCGGUACUCGACUAUCGACAGGUGGCGCUGGGUUGACGGGUGUGUUCACGAGCAUUGGGACCAAGGAGAAAGGUUCCCCACAGAAGGGUGCUAUGAGCUGCCGACAAAUGCGACGGCUUAAGGCCGUGGUUAAUACCUGCGGAUUAGGGGGGUGGGUUGCUAAGGCGGAGUCGAGAACAGAUUGGAGAAAGGUUGGCUCGCGUGUGUCGUCUACCCGGGCGGCGUGUCUC